AUGUUCCAGACAAACAAAUAUAUAAUAUCAUGCUUGUUGUUGACUAUUGUGGUUAUUGCUCAGACUGCUGAUGCCAUGCGUGGACAGCAUCACACAACAGUCAAUAUCAAUGUUGAGGAGGACGACAUGUUAGGCACAACAUUCACCAGUGGCAACAUGUUGUUCACCAACCCAAUGGGCGUCAACCCAAACCAAAUACUCGAGUUCACUACCGAUGGUGUCAGUGUCCAGAACUACACAACCUUCUUGCAGAAUGACACAACCAAACGAUGCCUACCAUAUGACAUUGCAUUUUUGAACCCAAGUAUAUUGUUGUUGAUGGAUCCUCAACAGGGAAUAUUCUACUCUUCGCAAAAGGGCAAUGUAAAGGGUAUCUGGGCAAACUUGGCAACAAACUCGGGACACAUUGGAUGUGACCUGCAGGCACUCACCGUCGACCAAGUAAACAAACGAGUAUACGUAUCAAGCACCAACAUCAAGUGUGACACCUCUCAUAUUCCAGGUGUAUUUGUCUAUGACUUGACUGGUACUUACAUCCAGACCUUGACAAACCCUGCAUUCAAUAAUGUAUGGGAUGUGGCCGCUGACUCUACAGGAACGAUUUGGGUCACGGACAAUGAUAACAUCUUCUUGUUCCACCCCGAUGGAACAAAGGAGGCCAUCGAUCCAGUUGACAACAAGUUGGGCUACAGUGGCAUCCAGGUGACACCAGACGAUACAAUCCUCGUCAGUGUCCCGGCACCAGGCAACGACAUCAUCAUCGUGCUCGACCCCUCGACCAAGCAGAUCGUUCAGACCAUCGACCUGGUCGGCAACACGACCCAAACCGGCGAGCUGAGCGGCCUGCCCGGCUCGAUGGCCAUCGAUCCAAGCACAGGUCGCAUCGUGGUCGAGGUGCCAUACGCCUCCAAGGCCGAGGGCUCCAGUCCCUCUGUCGACGUCGUCCAGUUCUACAGCGCCAAGGGCAACCUGAAGAGCAGCUUUGGUGGACAUAGCUGCAAGGAGGCCAACGCGCUGUGCUUCCCAAUCAGGGGCAUGGUCUUCAUCCCAUAA